GAAGCAUCAUCACCCUCAUCAUCCUCCCUUGGGUUGCGUCGCCUGACGCGGAUACUUCACAAGAUGCAACAGAUCUUUCCCAACAAAUUGAUCGAGCGCUGUUGAUUUAAAACAACGAUUUGGGCUUAAAAUUAUAUGCAACCAAGAUGAAGCGUUAUUUUGCCAAGAUUCCUGUUUAUAUUAAACUUCAUUGAUUGAGGAAUAAUGUGCGCUCUUGUGACAGCUCGACGGGAUUUGCUUAUUCGACAAAAAGGUGACGAGAUAUUUAAAAAUAUGAAACGAGGAUUAUUUCUGUAAAUAUGUUUGACUUGUGUUUGAAUCCAAUUGUUUUAUCAAGCUGUCAGAUUGCGAAGCGCAUGCACGGUAAUUGAUAUGAAAUGCGUACGCGCCGAUUUGAGUCCUGAAGCUCGUGUUGCUGCGCAUGUUUGCUAUAUAGACUUUUCUGUUUAUGGACUGAUUUUUAAUCUGCUGUUGUUUUCUAUCAUGCCUCAAAUCUCGUGAUUUGAACGCCAAAGAGGAAGAACACAAGUUCCCACCCACAGGCUGAGCAUCAGAGUUUCUCUUAUAACAGGUGGUUCCUGGUGUUUCCAAGGCUGAAUGAUGAUGUUAACAGCACAAACUAUCCGCACUUGCUUCACUUUAACAACAAAUGACAACUUUACUACUGGAAGCACAGGUUUGGCGUGCAAAUAGUGUCACUAGAUAAAAACAUCUCCAUCCAAAUCUAUGAUCAGCUCGGUGUGUGUUUCGUCGUACCGCGGGCGCAAGUCGGGCAACAAACCUCCUUCCAAAUCAUGUCUGAAGGAAGAGAUGGCCAGAGGCGAAGACUCGGAAAAGAUCAUCAUCAACGUUGGUGGCACGCGUCACGAGACAUACCGUAGCACCCUUAGGACCCUGCCGGGUACGCGACUGGCCUGGCUAGUGGACACGGACCCGGUGAAUCCGGACGCGGCACAGACAUCCACAAACGAGUUAUUUUUCGACCGACAUCCUGGCAUAUUUGCCUAUGUGCUAAACUACUAUAGGACAGGCAAGCUCCACUGUCCGGCUGAUGUGUGUGGCCCUCUUUUCGAGGAGGAGUUGGCAUUUUGGGGCAUUGAUGAGACCGACGUGGAGCCCUGUUGCUGGAUGACCUAUCGCCAGCACAGGGAUGCAGAAGAGGCGCUUGAUAUUUUCGAGCCACCCGAUCCGGAUGAUGCUGAGGAUGAGGACGUGCCCAGGUGCUUCGGCAUAGACGACAGCACUGACCGCUCCAGAGGAUGCUGUGUAGUUUGGCAACCAAAGAUAUGGGCGCUUUUUGAAGAUCCAUAUUCUUCUCGUGCCGCUCGGAUAAUCGCCUUUGUCUCACUCUUUUUCAUCUUGGUGUCCAUCACUAACUUUUGCCUGGAGACCCACGAGGCCUUUAAUUACCUUCACAACUGCACUGACGGCACCAUAGAGGUAAAGACCAUACCAGCACUCACAGUAGUGGAGGGAAUCUGUGUGGUGUGGUUUACCUUCGAGUUCCUGGUCCGUAUCAUAUGUUGUCCGAAUAAGAUUCUCUUCAUCAAGAAUCUGCUGAACAUCAUCGACUUUGUUGCCAUUUUACCAUUCUACCUGGAGAUGAGUUUGAGUGGCCUCACAUCUAAAGCUGCCAAGGAUGUUCUAGGCUUUCUCCGCGUGGUCCGUUUCGUGCGUAUUCUACGAAUUUUUAAGCUAACCAGACACUUCGUAGGUCUCAGGGUUCUCGGCCACACUUUGCGGGCGAGCGUCAACGAGUUUUGCCUUCUCAUCAUCUUUCUCGCCCUAGGGGUCCUUAUAUUCGCCACCAUGAUCUACUAUGCCGAACGUAUCAGCGCAGAACCCGAUGACCCUAUUGGUAACAAACACACGCAUUUCAAGAACAUUCCCAUCAGCUUCUGGUGGGCAGUGGUCACCAUGACGACACUGGGUUAUGGAGAUAUGUACCCUCAGACGUGGCUGGGCAUGAUGGUUGGUGCGUUGUGCGCGAUAGCGGGCGUGCUAACCAUCGCCAUGCCGGUGCCUGUCAUAGUUAACAACUUUGGGAUGUACUACUCGCUGGCUAUGGCCAAACAGAAGUUGCCCAAGAAGAAAAAGAAGCACAACCCAAACCCAGAUACGGUGAUUGACUCGGUGUCAUUCGGGAAGUCCGAAAGCAACUCGCCAAGGAACAGCACACAGAGUGACACGUUCCCCCUCGCCGCCGAGGAGAACAUCGGAAGAAACCGUUCAGAUUCAAAGCAGAAUGGCGAUGCUAAUGUAACUCUUUCAGAAGAAGAGGGCUGCAACCCGAACCAGCCCCUCUCUCCGGGUGAGAAGUGGACCCUGCGAUGCUCACGCAGAGACAAGACCAUAAAAGAGGCUUCUUGCUGACUUCUGGAGACUUUCCUGCAUAGGCGAACCCACCAUUCACACGGAGAGCUGCAAAGAUGCAAUCACAUCCCCUGCAAACUAAACUACACAUAAGCAGAAGUCACCACACUGACCUGAAGAAGCGAAGUGGGUGAGAUACUGAAGGGACCUUCUCUUAUACACCAACUGGCAACUUUUAGUUUGUCAAAGUUGCAUCACACCUGUUGACUAUUACAGUAGUCAUCACCAUGCACAUCUGUUCAUUUUCAAGUCUGUUUGUACGACAGCGCUUGUAAUACAUUCGGUCAAAAUGUAACAUUAAUGCACUUUAAUUCUGAGGCAUUUCAAUUCUGAGUAUUACCUGAAAGAUCAAUGUUGACACCGUUGUUUAGGUUGCAUCCUAAAACCUGAAAAUAUUAACCUUUAGCUGAUUUAUACUUUUAAAGGACAAGUUCUGUAUUUUACACUUAAAGCCCUGUUUUCAGAUUGUUUAUGAUGAAAUAGAACGGUUUUGACGGAUAUUUGGACAUAUGAU